CAGGGACUACAGAGCUUCAGCAGCACUCUCAAAUAAAUACAAACUAACCAUGUUCCUCAAAAUUAUACUUUUUUUCUCAGGAACAUUUUGCAUAUCUGCAGAAAGAAGCCAUGAUUUUUGUCACACAUUUGGAUGCUUUGACUCAAGUGAAACUCAGCUCUCUUUAACAAUGGAUGACGAUGAGAUCUAUUAUGUAGACUUUAAAAAUGGUCUUCUGAUUUGGGAGAGUCAAAUACCUACAACUUUGCGUCCUGAAUGGGCUUACAAAUAUGAAACACAGUACAGAGAGAUGUGCAUAAAUAUUAUGCAGAAAUGGAAGCAAGACAAGUCAGCUUUAAAGAAUAAAGAGCCACCAAAGAUCUUCCUGUAUCCCAGAGAUGAAGUAAUAAAAGAGGAGGUGAAUACCCUCAUCUGCUUCGUCAAUCGUUUCUUCCCCCCUUCCAUCCAGAUGAAGUGGACCAAGAACAAUCUAAAAGUUGAAGUGGAAGAUCCUUUUAUCAAAUCUUUAUCCAAUUCAGAUGGGACAUUUUAUGUUUUCUCCUAUCUGAACUUUGUCCCAGAAGACGGUGACAUCUACAGCUGCACUGUGGAGCAUGAAGCCUUGAAGGAGCCUCUGACAAAGUUUUGGGUGGUUGAAAUAGAUGAGCCUGGUAAUGGUCCAGAUAUCUUCUGUGGACUUGGCCUGAGUCUUGGACUUAUUGGAGUUGCUGCAGGAACAUUCCUCUAUGUGAAAGGAAGCCAAUAUCAGAGCCCUCAGAGUCCCACUGAUUAAGAAACGGAUCAUACUGUACAUAGCACACCCAUUAAUUUGUCCUUGUUUGUGUUGCAGUGGGCAAUUUCACACCAUUCAUUCUCACAUUCUGUCGUCUCUUGUUUUAACAUCAGAUCACAACUAUCUAUCAGCAGCUAAAUGCAAAAAUUCUAAUAUAUCAUUAAAUUAAAGGGAAAAAAUAUAACUCAAACUGAAUGACACACAUCUGUGAGGAUCCCGGUUUGUCUUUAUUUGUUUUGUCACUUGUUUAAUUACUGUGUUUUGGAAAGUCAUCACUGUUUGUACAAUACAUCAUAGUAUGAGGAUCAUUCUGUAUGUAUGUUUUUAUGUUUCCUAUCUUCUCCUAGAUGAGUGGACCAAUCUUGAUGAAACUUUGCAUAAUCAUUGCCUAGGGCACGGUAAGUGCCAACAUCUAUGACAUAUAUAGCACCGAAUGGCGAUCCUAUGACUACAUUCGCCCUGUGCACAUUUGCUCACGUUUAGUGUGUGCAUGGUACGUUUGUUUAGUUUGUGCACAUUCUACAUUUGUUACACUAUGUAUUUCAACAGUCAGCACAAAUUUUUUUUAAAGCAUAGAAAAUGGUGCAGCAGAGCAGACAACAACAAGGGGAUGAGAAGACAAAUUUUGGCUCAGCAUCAUGAUAUCAUAAAGUGUUUUAUGAAGCAACCCAUUGUUAUUCUAUAAUU